CUUGCCGAUCUGUGCUACAGGCUAAGCUGAACCCUGUGCAUUUUUCUCAGCCAGGCCUGUGUCCGCGCGACUCGUCGCCGUCGCCUAUGUUCGUCGUAGCCGGAAGAACAGAAGGUGCUGACCACGGCAUUUAACACCCGUGCCGCAGAACUGUGGCCACGAAGGCAGCGCCGGUCGCGGGGCGCAGCGAAGCCACCUCUUGUCUCGCAUAUGGACGCCACGGCGAGCUGAAGACGACGGCAGCAAGGACAUACCGAAUCGAAGUCUCUCCUGCGCAUCCUCGAGUUCCCACCCAUCUAUCAUCCCCCAAUUGCCUCUUGUCCGCCCGUCUCUCCAUGCGGCAAGCAGAAGGCUGUUGUUGGUUUGAACGUUCAUCCUAGCAGGUGUAGUGUUGCAAAUAUAGCGAGCGCCAUCUCCCGAAACUGCGACGUCAGUGUUUCCGCGCAGGGCUGCGCAGCCCGUGGUCUCUUCGGUUCCUGGGAUAUAAAGCCCGUGAGUGAUUCGGGAGCGAGCGAAUGCAAACCACCUCAUCUGCCCUCUGGCUGCACGAUGUCGUGGGGAAAGAUUCCGCGCUUCUCGACUUUGUAACAUGAUAACGAUGCGUCCGCAUGCCCCGGGGUGAUGCAGUGCACGCCACGAUGCCUGGUGACGAAAGCCAGUUAGGAAGGCGUGCAGGAACGUCUUGCACGGGCGACGAUGGCUGGCGGCGUCCCGUCCGUCCCCCGCCAUGGCCGCGCUCGGACAAGAUGCAUCGUCGGCUGGCCCGGACCAAGCGACACCUCCAAGCGACGCCUGAUUGACGCGGCGGUGUGCCAAAGCACGCGCAUGCAUUCUGUCGGCAGCAUUUUGCCGCCCUCUUCGUAAGAUUCCUCCGUCUCUUGUCUGUCUUUUCGUCCCUUCCUCCCUCUCUUUUCCCGCAGAGAGCGACGGCCUCCCCUCCCUCGACCUCCCGCUCUCCUCUCAAGUCUUGCUUCGACAGCGGUAUUCGUUCGGGCUGGGAGAUGCUGCCACAAGUGCUCUUCCUUCUCUCGCUCUUUGCGGGUAUCUUUGCGCAAGACGGCUCGGUUACGGGGCCGACGUCCUCCCCAGAGGCUGCUGGCUACAGCUGCGACCCGACCCAGUGCAAGCUCCCCAAUUGCAACUGUGCCAGCACCGACCCGCCUGGUGGUCUCGAUCCGUCGGUCGUCCCCCAGUUCGUCGUCUUCACCGCGGACGAUGCCGUCCAGAGCUACACCAUCGACGCCAUCAAUCAGUUCCUCGCGCACCGCAAGAACCCGAACGGAUGUGCACCUACAAUGACCUACUUCACGUCGCUCAACUACACGAACUACACGCUUGUGACGGACUGGUUUGUCGCCGGAAAUGAGAUCGCCGACCACACGAUGACCCACGUCGGGAGCCCAGGCGCGGACCAGAUCAACGGGAACCUGAUCGCGCUGAACGCGCUCGCGGGCAUCCCGCUGAGCGCGGUGCGCGGCUUCCGCGCGCCGUACCUGAACUACACGCCCGAGACGCUCGAGCUGCUCGCCGCGGCCGGGUUCACGUACGACUCGAGCGCGUCGGCCGCGACGCCCGUCACGGAUCCGAACACGGACGCGUGGUGGCCGUACACGCUUGACUACGGCAUGGCGAACGACUGCCUCGCCGUGCCCGGCCUCUGCAAGGGCGCGCCGAAGCUGCCUGGCUUCUGGGAGGUGCCGAUGUACGCGUUCUUCGACACGCGCGGCGUGGCGGGGAUACACCUGAUGGACCCCUGGCUAGACACGGCGAACGGCGCGUCGGCGGUGAACGACUCGGCGACGCUCGCGUACAUGCAGUCUACGUUCAACGACCACUAUCACGGGAAGCGCCAGCCGAUCGGGCUCUACACGCAUCCCAUCCACCUCGCAACCGGCUACCCCGGCGUCGCGGCGCCCACCUCGACGAUCAACAUGAUCAACCAGUUCCUCGACUGGGUGCAGAACCAGCAGGACGUGUGGAUCGUGUCGACGGGCCAGCUGCUGGACUGGGUGCGGAACCCGGUGCCGGCGUCGGAGCUGAACACGAUCGGGUCCUUCAAGUGCUCGACGCCGCAGGUCGACCCGGGCCGCAAGAUCUGCAACGGCGUCCCGCAGAACGAGGCGGGCCUCCUCAGCCAGUGCGACUUCCCCGACUUCCCGUUCUUUACCUGCUACGGGUGCCCCGUCGAGCCGCCGACCGUCGAUGACCCAAACCCCGAGCAGCAGGUCCCUGCUGGUCAGCAGCCACGUUACCGCUUGCCCGCGAACUGCUCGACACCCUUCUGGGACCCGAUCGCAGGCAACUGCAUCUGCACGGCCUCGACGUGUGCGUUCGUGGACAACUCGCGGCCGAUCGGGCCGAACGGCGCGAACCUCACAGGCGGCGGCACAGGCAGCGGCCCGCUCUCGUCGGCGGCCGCGACGGCGACGGCGGAUCCGUAUGUGCCGUUUAACGGCAAUAAUGCCGCGCCGCGCGCUGCUGCGCCCGACGCUGCGUCGGCGGUGGUGCUCGGGACGGUCGUUGCUGUUGCAGGGAUCUUUGCGGUGCUUUGAGGCGGGUGGAUUGGGCUUCUGGUCUGGCUCGUUUAGGGACCGUUUGGUGCGGGGUCGAACAGCUCGCUGCGUAUGCGCUCACAUGGACUCUCGGGACAUUACACUGCAUUUAAUCUUACACGUCACUCGGGUACAUCGGGACUUUGCUUCUCUUAAUUUCUUACUUUAAUCAGUCUUUCGCGUUGCUCUACUACAGUCUUUACGCCAUAAUAUGCACAAAUCACGUAUGUAGCGGGUUUGUUUUAAUGCAUCUUUUGCUUAAUAUCCGGUCUUUGGCGUGUCUUCGGGGACCCAGUUCCUGUGUUGACGUACUCUACUCGCCCCGCUUCAACACCUUGAAGUCGAAAACAUCUGGUCUGGAGUAGUGCCCAACAACGUCCAUAGAUAACUUGCCACGAGCGACAUCGUCCAGGUCCAGGUCAGCAGUGAGAACACCCUCCUGCUUCCGCAAUGGACCAGCCAGGACCUUUCCAAGAGGGCUGAUAAUGACGCUGCCUCCCGCGAUCAUGACAUUCGGCUCGUUCGGGUCAUUCUCGUUGGCCGCAGCAUGCCCUUCAGGGUAAUCCUUGUUUUCGGCGUAUUGAACUGCUGAGAGGACAAAGCAACGUCCUUCGAGAGCAAUGUGGUGCAUCGAGUGUUGCCAGCCCUCACCGUCGUCGAUUGUCGGUGCACAAUAGAUCUGGGUGCCCUGGGAGUAAUAGAACGUGCGAACCAACGGCAUGUAAUUCUCCCAGCACAUCGUUGCCGAGAUUUUGGCCUUCACAGCCUGUUCUUCGCCUUUCGGGAUAAAUGUAGCCUCGUGAACUGGCAUAUGUGCUGCAUCUCCUUGCCCCCAAACGAUUCUUUCCGCCACGGUAGGCACCAGUUUGCGGUGCUUGGCGACAUAACCCUGGACAGGGUCCACGAAGACCGCCGUGCAGUAGAGCGUGCCCAAAUGCCGCUCAACUACCCCCACUACCAGAAAUACGCCGGUCUCCCGGCUGAUGGCUUCCAUCCGCGCCACGGCGUCCGAGCCGGGGACCUCGAUCGCAGAGCUGUGGUAUCUGACGAACUCAUCCCUGCCCUCAGAAGAAGGCGUGGAGCCGAUGCGACAGCCAAACGUGCUGUACAUUGGAUAACCGCCCACAAAGGCCUCAGGGAAUACCGCUAGCCGCGAACCCUCCUGCGCAGCCUGACGCGUGAAGCGGUCGAGCUUAUCGAGCGUAUCGGGAAGGGAAUACUGCGCGGCGCAUGUCUGUACGACAGACGCACGGAUGGUGUUCUUUCCUGGCAUCUUGCUGCUGAAGGCUGGGUUUUCAGCUUGUUGUCAGCUGCGGCCUGAGCCCUCGCUAUUUGAAGUUUUCGAAGCUGAUGAGUUAUCACACGAGUUGACAUCGUGGUGGAAAUCUCGCAACAGUUACUAAUACAAACCCGAUAGCUGAGAGCGUAGACGGGUAGUCACUAGUGUGUACUAAGCGGCCAGCUGGCAACUGGAGCAUGCUGGCAGCGGAUGACGCGGUGGGCAAUUCCUAUGGAGAGCACUUGGUAGAAGGGUGGUCUUCCCUAUGCCACCUCACACGAUGGCCGUCGAGUAGCGCAUCCUUUUCGCCCUGCACAAAGAUCGGAUUGUGUGUAACGCCCGAUCGGACGUUCGGGUGGGACAGACGAGCGGCAUUCGGCUUUGUUACACUGUGGCAAUGACCGUGCGUCUGUGACGUGGCGAGGCAGCUUCUCGCCGCUGCGUACUGCCUGAUUGGCCUGUCGAUGACUACAAACACAGAAUAGAAAAGACAGAGUAAAAGAACAGUGGACGUCGCGCAGAGUUUACACAAAACUGGGCGACAC